UCAGUGAUCGUCAUGGCGUCAGGCUACAUACUGAAUCGUGGUGCGCUAACGUUAGGGAUUCAUUGUCAGCGGCUUUGCAGAAACAUAUCAUUAGCACAGGUUAGAGGGAAAAAGCGAUGGAUGAAAGCAUACACAUCCCUCAUGGCAAAGAAGUUGAAACUAGAAGGACCUCCACCACCGAAGCCACGCUCUCAGCAGCCUCACUGGGAUUACCAUGCUGAGGUUCAGGCUUUCAGCAGCCGCCUCCACGAGAACUUCUCCAUGGACCUACUGAAAACAGCCUUCAUCAAUCCCUGUUACCUGCAGGCGGAGCAAGAGAGAAGACGGGAGUUAGGUUUGGACUCUGAGACCACUGCGCUUGUUCUGAAAGAUAACGUUCACCUGAGUAAAAAUGGAGCAGGCUUCACCAAAAGCUUCCUGACUGACUGGUGCAGGGCCAGCUUCCCAAGCCUCCCAAGUGAGGGGGUGGAGAGUAUCGUAGGGCACCUUACCAGUUCAGCUCUUGUGGCCCAUGUGGCAAAAAACCUCGGCAUUGAAGACCUAACCAUGAGUGCAGAUUGCCCUGUUCCUGAUGAUGUACUUCAUUCUACAUUCAUGGCAGUGAUUGGAGCUCUACAGGAAAGCAGUGGAGGACCACAAACCGGAUUUUUCCUCAGGGAUUUCUUGGUUACCCAGCUGAUAGGGAAGGACCUGUUUGAUAUGUGGACAGUUGUCAACCCCAUGGGAUUACUGAUGGAGGAGCUUACCAAAAGAAACGUUUGUCUGCCAGAGCCUCGCCUCAUCAGGUCUGCUGGAGCCAGCACCGUCCUGCCACUGUACUUUGUCGGCUUAUACAGCGACAAGAAGCUUCUGGCUCAGGGGCCAGGAGAGACACUUGUAGCAGCCGAGGAAGAGGCCGCUCGUGUGGCCCUCCGGAAACUCUACGGCUACACUGAGAACCACAGACCCUUUGACUUCUCUCCACCACAACAGCAUCAGCAGCCAUUAAUUCAGUCAGUCAGCAACAAUUGAUGAAGAGACAGCUCGUAUGCCGUGGACUACAGAUGUGCUACAAGGUAUUUAGAGAAAGUAAGGGAAAAUAAAGUCACCGUCUACCCUAUUAAACAUUAAUCCAGCACUGGUCAGUGUCAGGAUUGUUUCUGUUGGGUAUUGAAACAUCAGUUCCCCCGAACAAAGGAGAGAAAAAUUAGCCUGGUUGUGUUCGAAUAGAAAAUGUGACAGUGGUGACUAACAGAAAUUAAAUCCUUUCCAUAGCUUACUUUGGCUAAUAACCCAUAGGUUCAGUAGUCCAUGGCACAAAAUAGCCCUCAUAUCUGGUUGCCCUUGUAAAUAAUACAACUGCCAUUUGGUUUACUUGGUAUUCUGUUAUAUGUUAUUCAUCUGCAAUAAAAGUAAUAAGUAUGUGUACAUCAUGA